AUGUCGCAGCCGCUCGGAGAAAUAUCUUCAUCCGAUUUGAACCUUAGAUCACCUGCGAUCAAGGAGCGCUUCUCAGAUGCAGGACAAGACGAUUUGGUUAACCUAGGACACGAGGAAAACCACAACCACGGAGUAUACGACAUGCCUUUUAAUGAUGACAUUUCAGAUGUCCCUGCCAGCUCUCCUUUUGACAUGUAUCCAUCAAAGCCGUCCAGCCCGCUGAAGCCAAUCCCAACAGCGAGGAGAAAUUCUCCCGCAAAGCAAACACAUUCGCCUGCAGUUGCAGAGAGCGCGAGAAAUGACGAAUUCAACGACGUUGAUGACCUCGACGUCGACCUCGAGACACCAAUAAAAAAUUCCGGUCCCACAUCUUCGGCCAACUCCAUAGACAUUCACUUGGAUGAGGAGGACCACGACGCUAGCGCCAUUGACUACGAGUUCUCCGAAAUUGGCGCCACCCCGCUUGCGCGCCCGAUUGAAAACAAACAAGAGGAUGUCAGUAUGGAUGACACUUGCUUUAGCGAUUUUUCCGCCAUUCCCAAUGCCGAUAUGACUCUUUUUGCGCGUGUUGGACAACAAGCAGACAAGGAAUCCAUGACAAGUCCUACAAAGUUUUCUACAGCGGGUAGCAGUUUUUCCCCCACACCCCGCCGUCGCCGAGGCCUUACGACUCCCGGGUCGUUUCGCCAGCAGUCAUCAAUUGACGAUUUGAGCCCAAGAACACCCUCUCCCUCGCCGACGCCCCGCCGGAUUCAGAGCUCUGCCAAGGAACAAACCACAUAUCUCCUCGACUUCACUGAGCAAAUCAACUCCUUCUCCAGCGCAUACCACAAUUCUCCAAGUCGGCACGCGACAAUGUCUCCCAGCAAGCCUCAGCCGGAGCUUGCGUCCUAUAUGGCCAGCAUGCGGACACCUUCACCAGCGAAGCAGAGACUCCCUCCGGCGACGCCAUCGGAGCAAAGGAAGCUUAUGAAUCUGCUUGACUUUGACAUUCCUCCUGCACCUACGCCACGAUCUAUUCCUAGCAUUACUGCGCGUGAGCUUGAGACGGUCAAGUCCAAUUUUCAGUCUCAAAUUUCCUCCAUGCGCGCCACUCUUAGCGGCAGAGAGGCUGAAGUAAACAGUCUGAAAGAGGCCAUCGCAGAUGCCGAGCGACGCGUCGGCGAGAAUAUGGAGGCUGUACGAGAAGAACGUGCUACACGAGAGAGCCUCGAAAUGGAAAAGGCGGAAUGGGAGAAACGUGGCAAUGAUCUGGAGACGCUCCUCAGAAAUGCCAGAGAAGAUUUCUUCCAGGGUGAGCAAGAACGCGAGCGGCUUGCCCAGAGGCUUGAGCAGAGCGAGAGGAAGCGUGAAGAAGCCGAAGCCCGAGCUACAGAAGCAGAAAGCAAGGUCGCAGGUCUAGAAGCAGGAGCCGCUUCUGCCACCUCGCAAUCUGAUGAAGCGACGCCAGGCACUCCCAAGUCCAACAAAGACGUUGAGACUGCUGUAGAAAAAGUCGCUCGUGACCUCCAUGCUCUCUACAAAUCGAAGCACGAGACCAAAGUCGCUGCGCUACGGAAAAGCUACGAGUCCAGAUGGGAUAAACGCGUUAGGGAGCUUGAGGAACAGAUUGCUUCUCUCGAUCAAGAAAACACUCAUCUGCGCAACAACAUCAACAGCAACGACGAUGUUGAAAUGUCGGAGCCUCGGGAAACGGAAUCUUCAGAAUUAGACCGUCAACAACUUGCCCAAGCUCUCCACCGCGCCCAAGAGCAGGAACACCGUAUCGCUUCGCUCAUCGAAGACCUCAACACGUCGAAGCGUGAACAUGCCCAGCUCAUGAGUGAAUUACACCAGGAGCGCCUCGAAAAGGGCGACCUCGUCGCUGCCGUCGAAGAAAUGCUUAAUAUCCAAGCAAUGGCUGCCACCACCAAUGGAUCUACUACCGAGCCACCUACACCAGGCACCAGUCGAUCUACCUCUGCUUCUUCAAAUCCUUUUUCCGCCUCUAUCAAUGCCGCAACCGGUCUAGAAAAUCUCCGAAGUAGCAUUUCCCGUGUUUCGGGUCUGAAAACCCCUGGAUUUGGCGCAAGUAUGAUGGGCUCAGGCGGAGAAAGUCGUAUUGGGAGAUUAGGAAGUGGAGUCUCGUCAGGCAGCGCUGCUUCUUCUGGUUCUGGUUCUGGUCUAAAUUCAGGAUCUUCCGCGUCAGGAUCGGGAUUGGGGCUCGGCGGCUACGGGAGAAGUGGGAUUAUGAGUAAUAUUGAGAGAAUGGGAAGACGCGGCGCUUAA